AUGGGUAUGAGCUUGGCCAGUUGGGAACAUAAACAAAUGCACCCAACCCAACAACAACAACCACGCGCAUUCUGGUCAUUAGGCUUUGGGAUUAGAUUCAGAAACCACAUCACCUGGUUCCUCCUCACCCUCUCCUUGCUUUACAUCAUCUACUCCUCCAAUCUCCUCCUAACCAACGAACACCGGAACUUGAAUUGCUACAGCACUCAUCUCUCCUCUUCUUCUCAAUUCCUUCCCAUUUCUAAUUCCAAUACCAAUUCCAAUUCCAAUUCCAAUUCCUUUACAACAACAUCAACAGCAAUAAAGCCCACGGAGCUCAAACAUAUUGUCUUCGGCAUUGCAGCUUCGUCGAAUCUGUGGGAGCGCAGGAAGCAAUACAUCAAACAGUGGUGGAAGCCCAGAGAGACGAGAGGUAUGGUGUGGCUAGACAAGUCCGUGAGGAACCGCGGCAAUGAAGGGCUACCUGAGAUUCGGAUCUCCGGAAACACCUCCACGUUCCCUUACACGAACAGGAAAGGGAGUCGAUCGGCCCUAAGGAUAUCGAGGGUGGUCUCAGAAAUGGCGAGGCUUGGGAUGAAGGACGUGAGGUGGUUCGUACUGGGGGACGACGACACGGUGUUUGUGGUGGAUAAUGUGGUGAGGGUGCUCUCCAAGUACGACCACCGCCAGUUCUAUUACGUGGGUAGCUCCUCGGAGAGCCACAUUCAGAACUUAUUCUUCUCUUACGCCAUGGCCUAUGGAGGAGGUGGGUUCGCCAUCAGCUAUCCCCUGGCAAAGGCUCUGGAGAAGAUACAGGAUCGGUGCAUCCACAAGUAUCCUGGGUUAUAUGGCAGUGACGACCGGAUGCAAGCCUGCAUGGCCGAGCUGGGUGUGCCCCUCACUAGAGAAGCUGGCUUCCAUCAGUAUGAUUUGCAUGGAGACCUCUUGGGCUUAUUAUCUGCUCACCCUGUAGCUCCACUAGUAUCUUUGCACCACCUAGAUGUUGUGGAACCAAUAUUUCCAGGCAUGAGCAGAGCCACUGCCAUCCAACACCUCUUUGAAUCAAUCAGACUCGACUCCGCCAGUAUUAUGCAACAAUCCAUCUGCUAUGACAAGAACAGAGAGUGGUCGAUAAUUGUCUCAUGGGGCUACGUGGUCCAAAUCUUAAGGGGUGCCAUUUCACCCAGAGAACUGGAAAUGCCCACGAGAACAUUCAUUAAUUGGCACAGAAGAGCUGACUACUCUGCUUACGCAUUCAACACUAGGCCUGUGUCUAAGCAUCCAUGCGAAAAGCCUCAUAUUUUCUACAUGAACACUACUCGAUAUGACCGUGUUAAGAAGCAGACAUUGGUUAUUUAUUCUCGUAGAUCUCCAGAACCUUACUGCAAUUGGAAAAUGGAUUCACCCGGUGCAAUUGAUUCCAUCAUUGUUGUGAAGAGACCGGACCAUCUCCGGUGGCAGAAGUCACCAAGGAGGGAUUGUUGUAGAGUUUUGCCAUCGAGUAAGAGAUCAACCAUGUACCUAUCUGUGGGCAACUGCCAAGAUGGAGAGAUUUGGGAACUAUAACAAUGGGUUCUGAGUUGGUUUUGUUUCAUUUCUUUGUGAUCAAGGGAAUCUCAACUCAGAUUGAUUGGACAUCCUCAGCAAGACUGCAUGAAACUUUACAGAGGAAUCACAAAAUUCAUAUUAUGGCUUCAAAUGUUGGUGAUUAGUUGUGUACAUUUCAUCCAAUUUAUAGAGUUCCUUUCUUCUGUCUGUACUUUUUUCUUGAGAUCUAAAACUAGGAAACUAAUUGUUGUAACAAGCAAUCAGAGAGUUGCAUACAAAACUGAAACAGAAAAUUCAGACCAUCUUCUCAUACAAACAAAAGAACCACUCACAUGAUUUUACUCCCCAGAUUGUUGUGGCUCACUGCUGCUGUUCAGUUCCUGAGGAGCCAAGCCAUAGGAUGGAGAGGGAGACAACUUUGGCAGAUUGUCCUGAGUGGUGUUGUCCAUUGGUAGCAGCAUGAAUCGAUGUACAGAAACAAUGCUUUCAUCUUUAUUCACCACAUUUACUGCAGUCAAUAAAGAAA